UGCGUGUCCUCCGAUGUAAACAAUCAAUUGACUUCAAAUGAAUCAGACACGUCAAACAGAAUUUGUAGAAAAUUAAACCUACAAAUAACCGCAAGAACAAUUUCUAAACUUAAGCAGCUUUAAAAAAUAAAUAAGACCCAUGUAUUCGUACUUGAAAAGUUCUCUAGUAUUAUUUUCCAUUUUAUUAUCAUUAAAGCUUGCAGAAUGUUGUAAAGGAUGUGUUAACUUGGACGAGCAUAAUUUCAACAAAAUCAUUUCAAGAUUCAAAGUUGCACUCAUCAAAUUUGACAUGGCCUAUCCUUAUGGCGAGAAACAUGACGUUUUCACAAAGUUCGCAGAAGAAAUUGCCGAUAAUAAAAACUUAAUAGUGGGAGAAGUCGGAGUUAAGGAUUAUGGGGAGAAAGAUAAUGAAGAACUGGCCAAAAAGUACGGGAUUCAAUCGAAAGAAGACUUUCCAGCCUUGAAGUUAUUCAUUAACGGUGUUACGAACCAAGCCAAGUCUUUCCCGGUGAAAGAUAAAUGGGAUACGGAAAUGAUAAGGAACUUCGUAAAAGAUAAUAGUGAUAUCUACAUAGGUCUUCCAGGAUGUUUGGAAAGAAUGGACCAACUUGCCGAAGAAUUCAUAAAAGCAGACGAUAAAGAUGAAAAAUAUAAAGAAAUUGAAAAGGAAACACAUUCCCUUGUUGAGAAAGAGAAAGAUACAGCGACAACCUAUCUGAAAUAUAUGAAAAGGGUACUGUCUAAUGGUGUAAGCUUCAUCAAACAAGAAACUAAUAGACUGAAGAAAUUACUUAAGGAAUCUAACAUUCAAGAGAAGAAGAAACAAGACUUAUCUAACAGACUGAAUAUACUCAAAAGUUUCCAUGUGCUGGGUACUAAGGACGAAUUAUAAAUGAUUGUAUCAGUUCAUAUUUUGAUUGACGUGUUUUGAUUUUAUAUUGAAUAAAUAUGUCGAUGUUUUCGUUUUGUUAUUAAA